AGGUCACUAAAAAUUCCCACGGGUCAUUCACUGGACUCAAACACUGAAACAGGCUGCGACGAGUUCGUCAUCUCUUUCGUUCCUAUAUUGCCUCCAGGCUCCAUUCCUUUCCAUACCUUCUCAUUGAUUGUUCUUAAUCUGUGCAAGCGCCCGUUUCUCUCCAUCUCUGCACAACCUCCCACAUUCUUUGUACGACUGCCCUGGUUGCUACACACAUUGAUCGUGUUCUAUGAUAGGGAAUUGGAUACAACGCGUGUUCCGGGCGUAACUAGAGUGGAUUUCUCUCAAGGUCAGCAAAGUUUCUCUGACCUUGAAAGAAUGAUCUGUUACGAAGGCGACUUGCCAAUUGAGCGCUGUUCAAAGCUCUGCUAGAACAAUGAAACGAUAUCUUUGAUGACAUGACUCGGUAGACUCUUUCUGCUGUAGCUAGGAUACUGUCAUGCUGCCAAGAUUACGAACAGUUCGAUCUUUCGCGGCAUUCAACAUUCCGCGUGAGUCACUGCUUUGCGAUUUUACCAACAACUUCCGCUUUGAUCUCGUCGGUAUAUCCCUGGAUGCAGAUUUCCUUUUUACAACUUAUGCUGAAACAUUUACUUUGAUCAAUGAAAUAUCAUCCCUCAGAUUUCAUUUCGGCAACUUAAGUGCUGUAUGGUGGUAUAUUAAGCUCGAAUGCCAUCGUUAUACGUUCACCAAGUUCUCUCGCUCACACCCAUCUUCUAAUACUAUGAGCCAAGUCUUGAACGAUCCCAGUUGGUGGCCGGUCAUCAAUGCGAAUAUUAUUAGCAGCUAUUUUACAGUUGCUGCCUGUGCUGCGGUAAUAUACGAUUGGGGAGUAGCAUUCGGACAAGAGGUGGAACUAGUUUGGAGGCAACGCUGGUCCUUGAUGACUGCUAUGUAUCUACUUCUACGAUAUGUUGGAAUAGGGUAUUCUGUGAUGAACAUGUUGGUCAGUAAUCCAACAAUUUCAACGACAAAUGCAGUGCGCCUUAUCAUGGGCGUCACAGUAGACUGGACGAGUGAGGCUGCACAAAUAAUACUAGGUGUCAUCAUGAUUACUCGGUUGCAUGCCAUGUAUCAGCGAUCCAGAAAGGUGCUGAUAUUUCUCGUUGUUAUCUUUCUGGCCAUCAGAAUUGCCAACGUAAUCAUGGUCGCAAUACAAAUGAUGGAAAUUUCAACGGCGGAGGAAAUCAUUCUCUCUGGCACCUAUCAGUGCACGGUUGGCUAUACUGGAGAUUUCCUAUUUCUGGCUUCCAUGACUUGGAUACUUGCCACUGUGUGGGAGGUCUUUGCGCUGUGUCUCGCAGUCUGGAUUGCUGUAAAGCACUUCCGUGAACUUCGACAACACUCAACAGGAAGUGUUAUUGGGGAUUGUUUCACAGUGUUAAUGAAAACUCAUGUCAGUUACUUUGCGAGCUUCCUUGUGAUUGCUUGCUUACAUAUUGGUUUAUUCUCUCCAACCCUUUUAGCGGACUUGCUUUCCUUGGACGUCCAAAUUUAUCUUGGUUUAGCUGAAAUCUUUGGGGUGGUGCAGCUGUCUGUACUUGGACCACGCCUCAUCCUUGAUGUUCGAGAAUACAACGCCAAGCUCGUGGCUGACUCCGAUACAACAAGCACCAUGACUUCGAUUGCUUUCCAGGAACAUGUUCAUGUGGAAACUAGUAGUAGCGUGUAGCUAAGGUUCUUGAUGUGGUUUUUUUUGGCGAUAGGCAGGUAGUUUGCAGGGUGUUUUUAUUUAUUCCAGGUUUUGUUGUGGUACUCAUUUAAGCUAUUCGGUGUUGCGAAAUAGAUGUAUGCCAUACAGGAAGACUUGACGAACUACGAGUAGAGUUCCCUCCCCAACGCAAAGGUUCAUGCGUGCGAUCUUGGUAGUUCUAUCAUGGCUCGUGAAGGUCCGUUCGGUCCGUUCGCCCCUCAUGCCAUUGCUGCAAGAUGGGUGUUUCGGUGAGCUUGUAUUGAGAAGUGACCAACCACUAUAGUAGUGCCAGUGUACUUCAGUUCACCCUAGCCGCUCCAGGUUUACGCAUUGAGCACCUUUAGCACGACUUUGUUCGUUGAUCAGGCUACUUCGUU